AUGGCGACGCCCCAAGAGCAAGCUCCGGACGCCAUGCCUAGCACCAGCGCCGCGACGGACGAGACCGACGACGAGACCGACAACGAGUUACUCAAUUCGUACGUCGACGUCUCGAGCGACUACGACAGCGACGACGAGACUGACAAGUCGUCUUUAGCAGCGAUGAAAUUCGCAAUGAGCGCCGCCGCGUCCGGCACAAAAUCGGCUGGCAACGCGAUCGACGCACACUUCUCCGCGCUCAAGGUGAACCCGAGCCUCGAGUCCUUGGCGAGCAAGAUGAACCACUGGGAGCCGACUCUCUGCGAGUACGAGGAGACGACGCCGCAGUGCCGGUUGCGCGCCAAGCGCGACAUCAUGGACCUUCUCAGCGAUCCGCCACCGGGAGUGUACAUCGCGCCCGCGGAGCACAAUAUCACCCUGAUCGACGCGCUGGUGCUGGGCCCCGCCGACACGCCGUACGAGGGCGGCUUCUUCCACUUCCUGUUACAGUGCCCGCCCGACUACCCGAUCAAGCCACCGCGCGUCCGCCUCAUGAACACCGGCUCCGGUCGCGUGCGCUUCAACCCGAACCUCUACGAGUGCGGCAAGGUGUGCCUCAGCAUACUGGGCACCUGGACAGGGCCGGCCUGGAGUCCCGCGCAGUGCAUUUCGAGUGUGCUCAUUUCGAUCCAGUCGCUGCUCUCGGAGAACCCGUACUACAACGAGCCGGGCUUCGAAAACGAGAGGCGGCCGGGUGAUUCCAAGCAGUACAACCUGAUCGUGCAGCACGAGACGAUCCGCGUGGCCGUGUGCGACGCCAUCGAGGCCUGCCUCAACGGAUCGUCGCUGUGCCCGCCUCCCUUGAGGGAGGUGAUGCUCAACACGUUCCCGGACUACUACGAAAAGUACGAGAAGGCGGUCGUGUCCAACGUAGAUCUGACGGGCAGGGUCAUGGAAGAUCCGUUCGGCACCAGGAGGGGACACUUCCAGUACAAGACCUUGCUCGAGCGACUGCGGACACUGAGAGGACAAGUACAAGAGUGGUUGGAGGCUACGCGGGAACGGAGCGAAUAA